GCUGUGUAUGUAAGCCUCGAAAUAAGGCAAGACGACGUUAUAGCUUACAGCAGGGCAAGUUUUGAGUCAAGGCAGAGAGUCUUUUUAUGUUUUUGAAAUUGCAAAAGAGCAGCCUUUGAUGUUUGAUGGCAACCAAAGAGCCAAAAAUCGAAAUGGGCAGUGAUGAAAAUGCAGAAACAGGCGAAGAAGAGAAAUGGGUCACUCACUAUUCAUCAAACCAUCAAAUACUGUUAGUUGGUGAAGGAUAUUUCUCUUUCUCUUUGAGUUUGGCCAAUGCUUUUGCCUCUGCUUCCAACAUUUGCGCUUCUUCUUUCGACUCCUAUGAUGUUUUGAUCAAGAAAUACAAGAACGCAAAGUCAAAUUUGGAGAAUCUUGAGAAGCUAGGGGCAUCCUUACUACAUGAAGUGGAUGCAACCAAUAUGAAGCUUCAUACUGACUUAGCGAAGCGAAAGUUUGAUCGAAUCAUCUUCAAUUUCCCUCAUGCAGGCUUUUAUGGAAAGGAAGAUAAUGUCCAUAUGAUUCAGUAAAUUUCCUCUCUGAUAUUCACAUAUUAUCUUGUAUCCUUUUGUCACGUUUCUAGAUGUGCAUCUAGUGUCUAGAGACUCUCAUGCGCGGCAUUCUUCUAACAUAUUCGUAUCAUCAUCGUCUUUCCUAUCCUUUUUAGUUAUAUCAAAAUGACUUACCUUUCUUUACAAGUAUGAUGGAAGCUAGAUUCAUGCUAAGUAAUCACAAUUGAAUAACUGAUACUAAAAGUGAACUUGGUAGAGCAAGUUUACAUAAAGUUGUGCUGUUAUUUGAGUAUUGAAUGUAGUGGUGUACUAAUAUUCCUCUGUGUGUCAUUUUUGCUUUUCAUCAUUGAUUUGAUUAACUUCAAGCUCUUAAGUCUCGUUGUAGCAAAUUAUGCAAUUCUUCCUAGGAAUUAGGAUCAAGCUGUUUGUUCCUUUUGAUUUGCAGGGAGUUAAACCAAGAAUGCAUGCCAUUAAAUGAGAGGAAGUUCAUACUUGUAGUACAUUCUAAAGCUGGGACGUGACAUUGAUGUAAAAUGUUUUUUUGCUUCAUAAUUUUGUUUCUGUUAUAUUAGAUCUUGAUGA